AUGGAUAAUGGCCUUUUUCUCGACGAUAUUCUUGGCCUCGAAGACGAGUUUUACGCCGAAGGCUACAGGCUAGGGACGCUUGACGGGACAAAGGCGGGCUUCGACGAAGGCAGCGUCUUCGCCAUCGAAAAGGGCUUUGAAAAGUUCCAGGCCAUAGGGAAGCUCUACGGGAAGGGAAUAAUAUGGGCGAAGCGGUUGCCAAACCAGCCGGAAAUGUUGAAAAGCAGCACCGCUCAGUUAUCCCAUAAAAGCAAGAAUGAAGCCCGGGACAAUGCGCUGAGUGCUGGUGCUAAGUCGGGGGAUCUGGAAGCACAACCUAUACCAGCGCAGGAUCUGCCUGGCCUCCCCAGUAACCCGCGACUGGAGAAACACAUUGCAACAUUCCUCUCGCUGGUGAACCCCCUCACCCUAUCUAUGGAGAAUAAUGAAGAGGCUGUUGACGACUUUGAUGACCGGCUGAAGAGGGCUACUGCGAAGGCGAGGAUCAUUGAGAAGAUGCUCGGCGAACCAAGCGAGCAUACCGCUGAGUGCUCUACUGGGGCCAGUAACAUCGAAGACAUCAGCUCAUUGCCAGCUCAUGUCACCGGCAACCGGCAACCGCGGAACUCUAGCCCCGUGGUCCAACUUUGA